CCCCCGCCCUCCCAGCGCCGCCACCUCUCCUCUUCCCUCUUCUCGCAACUAAUUCCUCUUUCGCCCUCUCUCGCUUUUAGCAGAUAGUUACUAUCCACGAGCGAUGGCGUCAAAGAUCGAGAUCGAAGAGAUCCAGGCAUCGACCUCCUCCGCCGCGGUCGUCGACGCGUCUUGCGCCGACGGCUGUUGCGCGCCUGGAAAGGACGAACACGCUCACGACCAUGACCAUCACGCUCACGACCACGACCAUGACCACGAUCACGAAGACGCGCAUAGCACGUGCUGCAGCUCGGAUGAUGAUGACGAAGACGACUGUUGCGAGUCUGACGGAUGCUGCGAUUCCGACGAGGAGGAAGACGCAUGCUGCGCGGGCGAGGACGAGACCGCGAAGGACUCUUGCUGCGGUGCGGGCGAGGACGCUUCUGACGAUGACUGCUGCGGCAAGAAGAUCAGCGCUGAGGACGACUGCUGUGGCAAGAAGAACAGCUCUGAGGACGACUGCUGCGGCAAGAAGGACAGCGCUGAGGACGACUGCUGCGGCAAGAAGGACAACACUGACGACGACUACUGCAGCAAGAAGAAGGACUCCUGCUGUGGUGCGGACGAGGACGCCUCCGACGACUGCUGCGGCAAGAAGUCUUCCGAAGACACCUGCUGUGGCGACAAGAAGAAAUCCGAAUCGACCGUGACCGCGAAACCGUGCUGCGCUCAAAUCGAAACCUCGCCUGCGUCAAGCACCGAGACGCUCUUGGUGUGCUGCGAAGGUACUACUGCUCUCGAGCUCGCUGCCUUGGAUCAUAAGGUUAUCCGUCUUCGUGGCGCGAAGCCGGAGAAGACUGCUGAGGCGAACUGUUCUUGCGAUGAUGAGUGUGUCGAUCGUCUGGCCAAGGCACUUUGCGAGAAGGAAUGCAAGCGCGAGGAUUUCGUGAGCUGCGAAAACCACGAAUCGAUCGCAAACCACUACUCCCGCUUCCUGCAAACCCAGCGCGAGUCUCUCCGCCGCUGCCUGUGCUCGAUCGUCGGCCAACUCGGCGUCGGCUCAGGCUGCUGCGCGUCCAACGGUCCGUACUCGUUCCUGUACCCUGCUCUCUCGCGUUCGUCUGUCAGCCACGCCCACAACCACGCCGAGCAUGGAACUAGUAACCUUCGUCGUCGCCGGCGUCACCAUGGCGGGGCGCAUAGUCAUGACCACGACGGGCAUGGACAUCAGCAUGCUCAUGGGACGGAGCAUAAGCAUGGCCAUCGUCACGGGCGUCGCCACCGCUCUCAUGCGCACGCGCACGAUCACGGCGAUCAUGACCAUGACCAUGACCAUGACCAUGACCACGACGACCACGACGAGAAGAAAGAAUUCGUCUACUUUGCCGAAGACAAAGCCAACGAUCUCGACCUCGAAGCCUCUGCCACCGCCGAACCGCUCUCGCUCUCGAUCCACGGCAUGACCUGCUCGUCCUGCGAAAAGAAAGCAUUUCGCUCUCUGCAGAAAAUGAACGGCGUCUCGAACGUGUCGGUUAACUUUCUGUUUGGCAAGGGUUCGGUCGAUUAUUACCCGCACUUGACCUCGCCGAAGAAGAUCUGCGCGGAUUUGCAAGGUCAGACGGGGUUCAAGGCCUCGGUCCUGCGGAUGAACGAGACGGCGUUUUAUCUACUUUCGUCGCGACAGGUGGAAGGCAAGGAUGUGACGAAAGCAGGCGAAGGGCUUUGGAAAAUCAGUUUCGACCCAGCUUCCACCACCGCACGCGACAAGAUGACGAGUUUGGGCCUGGAUGUUUCAGAUAUUGUGCCAAACUCUGACGACAACGAUAACUCUGACGACUGGAGGAUCCUCGGCGUCACGGUGGAUUCAGAAGCGCGCGAUCAGAUCCUGCAGUUCGGCGUCGCCAUCACGCUCACGAUCCCGAUCUUGGUGAUGUCGUGGGGCAAUUUCAGCGAGAGCUCGUAUUUCGCGCGGUCGACUGCAAUGCUGGUGUUGGCGACAAUCAUCCAGCUCGGGUGCGCGCGCAAGAUUUAUCAGUCGGUGUAUUACACUAUCCGCCACCGCUACGCGCUUGAUUCGGACUGCCUUGUCGCGCUGUCGACGUCGGUCGCGUACAUCUACUCUGUCGUUGUCUACGGUCUCCACCGCGUAGGCAAGAUGACAGACGAAGAGGAGCUAUAUGAAUCCUCUUCGCUUCUCCUGGCCCUCGUCCUCUUUGGAAAAGUCAUCACCGCCCUGAUCCGUCGCGCGGCUGCAGACCAGGUCAAGUUCGACGUGUACCAACCCACCACGAUGCGCAUCGAGGCCUUCCCCGAGCACGACUCGAUCCCGGCCUCGCUCCUGCAAUACGGCGAUCGCGUGAUCAUCAACCCCGGCGAGAAAUCCGUCACCGACGGAAUCAUCGUCUCUGGCUCGGGCGAGUUCGACGAGUCCCAUGUCACGGGCGAGUCGCUGCCGGUGUUUAAGCGGCGCGGGAACGAGGUUCUGGCGGGUGCGCAGCUGGUGUCGAGUGCGCCAGUCGUUUUCCGCGCGACGCGACUUGUUCCCGAGAACUCGGUGUCGAACGUGAAAGUUUUAGUCGACAGCGUGACCUCGUUCAGAACGAGGCAGAGCGACGCGGUCGAGGCGGUGGCUAAGUACCUUACUCCCGUGAUGGUCGUCGUGUCGUGCGCCGUGUUUUUGAUCUGGGUGCUUGUAAACACGCAGGGCACGCGCAAGUGGUCUGGUUCGCGAGCAGUCUCGGACGCAAUCACCUACGCGAUCGGCACGCUCGCAGUCUCCUGCCCCUGCGCGCUCGUGCUCGUCAUCCCGCUCACGCUGUCGAUCGGCGUCGCGGCCGGGAAGAAGAACUACGGCGUGCUGCUCAAGUCCGCGGCCCCGACCGAGACCGCGCGCAAGGUCCGCCAUAUCGUGUUCGACAAGACCGGCACGCUGACGACAGAUAACCUCGGCGUGAACUCGGCGUGGUUCAACGAGGCGAGCACGUUGCCCGUCCGUGGACUCGUCAGAUCGGUCGUGGUGGAGAAUAAGCACCCGAUCUCGCGCGCGGUGGCGGCGUACAUGGCCGAGCGGUUCGCAGACUCGGCUGAGAAGGAGGGAGAAGACGAGUACCCUGUCGGCGAGCUCGAGAACGUGGUGGGUUCGGGCAUCAAGACGACGUUUGCGCACCCGACAACCGGCAAGACGAUGACGCUGCUGUGCGGCAAGCCCGCGUUUGUCGGGCUCUCCAAGACCGACGACCGUGUCGCAAGAUUGCUUGCCUCUGGCUCGUCCCUGUUCUGCGUCGGGGUCAAGAACGGGCCCGUGCUGGCCGUAUUUGGCAUCGCCUCGACGCUGCGCUCGAACUGCAAGCAAGUCAUCGCCAAGCUCCAGCAGCGCAAGAUCACCGUCCACGUCCUCUCCGGCGACACGCGCGCGGCGGUCGAGUCCGUCUGCAAGGACCUCGGCAUCUCCGACUUCGCAGCCGAGACCUCGCCCGAGGGCAAACUCGACUACAUCAACGAGCUCAAGGCUUCCGACACGGGCAAAGUGCUGUUCUGCGGCGACGGCGCCAACGACGCGCUCGCGCUGGCUGAGGCCGACAUCGGACUCAGCAUGACCUCGGAGGGCAUCACGCUCGCGUCCGCGGACGCGUGCGUGCUCACGGGCGAUAUCGCGGGGGUCGUGCACUUGCUCGAUUUGGCGAGCCAGGUGCGCGCGCGGAUCCUCAUCGGCGUCUGCUGGGCGCUCGGGUAUAACCUGUUUGCGGUGCUGAUGACCUCUGGUGCGUUUGUCAAGGUGCGUGUCGGACCUACGUGGGCGGGUGUUAGCGAGGUUAUUAGUAUCGUGCCUGUGUUUUUUGUCGCGAUGUCGGCGCGGCUUGCGAAGGCUCGUAUUUGAGAGAUGAUUUGAUGCUGUUUAGUUGUUGUGAUUUUUUGAGAUCUAUGUGGGCUUGGGGAUGGUUUGCUGAUUAUGAUUUGGGGAGAUGUAUACGCGCGAUCUUUUGAGAU